AUGGGUAAUAGUUACACGCAUCUGCAAACUCAAGACCCAUUUGAGUCUUUUCCUUCAUCUUCACCAAAUAUAUCGAAACUACAGAAGUGGACGAAGAGAUUAACUUUAUUACCUGACCAAUCGUCAUAUAUGCGAAUGCCUAGAAGCAUAUCUCACGGGAAAGAGAAACACUUAAUCAUUCGUACUCCCACUCACACCGACGCUAUUGGAGCACUAGCUCCAGUGCGAUCAGGAAUGGUUCUCAGUGGAGGACGUGAUAAAUUGAUAGCACUAAAUAAUACAGAUACAGGUGAAUGCGUUUUACGGUGGUACGGUCACAAAAAAGAAGUCACUAAGUUAGCGUUCGAAAGGACAUCAUCAAAUCACUUACUUUUGAGUGGCUCACGGGACUCACAACUUAGACUGUGGCAGUUCAACUGUCCUAACUCAAGACGCAUUUUCCUUGGCCAUGAGAUGAGUAUUACUGGCUUGGCUAUACUUAAUGAAAUGAAGUGUAUAUCAGGAGCACGUGAUACCACCUUACGAUUAUGGGAUCUUGAAACUGGUUCGUGCUUGCGUAUCGUUCAAUAUCCUAGAAAUUUGGUUACUCAUAUUUCGCAAUGCGACACUCAUAAUUUAUUUGCACAAUCAUCAGAAGACAAACAACUGAAAAUAUGGGACAGUCGAAAUCUAUGUCUUGCAAUUCAGUUCCCGAAAAAAAAACAUAUUCUUACGCACUGUGACCUUUUACCAGAUGGUAAUUACUGUAUCACAUCUAGUAAUGGUUUCAACUCAGAUGGGUGUGAAAUCACGCUAUGGGAUUUACGGCAGCAAAAAAUAGUUCGUGAGUAUUUGGGUCAUGAGGAGUCUGUAAACUGUGCAAUUUUUUUCCCUCAACAAAUAAUAUGGAAACGAAUUUUACUGAGUGUAUCUGCUGACUGUACGGUAAAACUGUGGAAUAUGGAUGACGGAAGAUGCUUGUGGACUGAACUAAUACCUACAGGAUCUGAUCUUCUUUCAUGCGUUGGUUUUAGCGAUGGAAAUGUUGUUGUGAGUGGACUGAAUGCCACAUUUUGCCAUUUGAGAAUUCUUAGUCAUGGUGUGCAACCUUAUCUUCAACAUAUCUCAUUCCAAUCACGAAACCGAUAUUCUACAUGUCCCUAA